UAAUCUGGACAUGUGCGAAUGUGUGACGGUGACCUCGCUCUAUUUUCCACCCCAAAAACUUCAUCCUGCCCCUGUCUGGAAACAAAUACUGUAGUCUAAAAAACGCGCGCGCACACAAACACAGCUCAGAAUACGGGGGUCACAGUUUAUGAUAGUGGGAUGCCCCUGGGCUGCCCCCGUGUUGACGUUCCAUCCAUUUCCAACACUGGUGUCAGUGCACCCAACAGACCCCGCCCUCGUCUCGCGACAACUCGCCCCGCCUCUCAGCCCUUGGCCACACCCCCCUGGAAAUCCGUCCGCAACCGGUCGCACGCACAAGUUGAGCGAGCGCAGCGAUGAAGAGGAGGCUCCAAAAGAAAUACUUGAUUGUCAUCCUCGCCUACACGGGUUUGCUGCUCGUCGUCCCGUAUGUGUUGGAUUUCGGGGAGCGCUCGGUGCAGCGAGCCAAGCACGGGCUCCUGCAGCAGCAGCAGCAGCGGCAGCGGCAGCAGCAGUCGCGGUGCUCGGACCUGAAGAACGCCGUGGCGCUGCUGUGGGAGCACGGCUACAAAGUGGACGGCGCCAACGGCACGGAGCCGCCGCGCACUCACAUCUACCUGCACGCCACCUGGAGGACCGGCUCGUCGUUCCUGGGCGAGCUGUUCAACCAGCACCCGGACGUGUUCUACCUGUACGAGCCCAUGUGGCACAUCUGGCAGGCCCUGUACCCGGGCGACGCGGGCAGCCUGCAGGGCGCCGUGCGCGACAUGUUGAGCGCGCUGUUCCGCUGCGACUUCUCCGUGCUCAAGCUGUACGCCGGCUCGCAGAACCUCACCACCGCCUUCAUCUUCGGCUGGAAGAUGAACAAGGUGGUGUGCUCCGAGCCGCUGUGCGACGCCCACCAGCGCCACCGCGUCGGCCUGGUGCAGGAGGACCGCUGCGCCAAGUGCCCCAAGCGGGACAUCCGCGAGCUGGAGCGGGAGUGCAAGAAGUACCCGGUGGUGGUCAUCAAGGGCGUGCGCGUUCUGGACCUCAGCACCCUCGUGCCCCUCAUGAAGGACCCGGCCGUCAACUUGCACAUCGUGCAGCUCUUCCGAGACCCGCGAGCCGUGCACAACUCCCGGCUCAAGUCCAAGCAGGCCCUGGUGAAGGAGAGCAUCCAGGUGCUGCGCAGCAAGAAGCACAACGACAAGUACAAGCGUCUGCUGGUGCCCAACACCCGUGUGAACCGCGCCGAGAGCUACGUGUCCGGCGCCAUGGAGCUCAUCUGCGACAACUGGCUGGGCGACAUGAUGCUGGUGACCAACGCGCCGCCCUGGGUGCGCCGCAGCUACCGCCGCGUCCGUUACGAGGACCUGGUGCUGCACCCGGCCGAGGAGUUGCAGAAGCUCUACCUCUUCUCCAACCUGUCCACGUCGCCGGCGCUGGAGAGCUUCGCGCUCAACAUGACCCACGGCCGCGGCUACUCGUCGGACCGGCCCUUCCUCAUCUCGUCGCGGGACGCCAAGGAGGCCAUCUACGCCUGGAGGGAGAGGCUCAGCGUGGAGCAGAUCGACCAGGUGGAGGCCUACUGCAGUGAGGUCAUGAGGCAGCUCGGGUACCCCAAACACGGCGCUGACAAAACCACAUGAGGAAGAGCGUACGGGGGCCUGCAAGCCAAGGCUGAGGGCAAAAGACGGAACAACAGCUGGAACGUGGCCGACUGGGAACGUCCGUGUCCGAAGAGCGGGAGUAAGGAGAGGGCAUAAAAAAAAAAGUGGGUAAGAAAGAGCGGGGAGCCUCUUAGCAGUCUUACCUGUCGAGCGGCGGCCAGGAGGCUGCUCGACACGUCAGUGCCCAUUUUUAGUCGCACUAAUCCCCCCGCCCCAUACUCUUGACUUUAAAUCCCCAUAAAAAAAAAAAAAAAAAAAAAAAGUUGGCACCGACAGGUCGGAGCCUCACCUUGGCGUGACUGGGCUAAGUGGAUCGGCUAACGGCCGCUAACUGAAAAGUUCAAGGCCACUGCUGUACGUGUGUGUGUGUGUGCGUGUGCUUUGGGAGGCCUGGGUGAGGAAGUGGGCUCCCUCCCCCCUCCUCAUUCCGGGCCCUCUCGCCCCUGAGGAAUCUGGACAGCUGCAGCAGCACCACACUGACAAAACACUCACAUGGGCGGGACUUUUUUUUUUUUUUUUUUUCCCCACUCUAUCCUCCCAAUGACAUUUUAUGGAGAGACUUUUUUUUUUUUUUUUUUUUUUUUUUUUUUUACACAUGGUACCGAUUAGGGUUGCAAAAUAAAAAAAAAAGUUAGAACCAUGUGAAUUGAAGGGAUUUCAUAGGAAUGAAUGCGAUUCAACCAAGAAUUGAUCUCAUUGCAAGAUUGGCUCUUAAUAAGGAAUUAAAAAAACGCAGUCGUUCCCUUUUUGCUUUGCUUUUUUAAUAAUAAUAUCGCGGAUUAUUGGCUUUAUGGCCGGAUUUUGUGGUGAUUAUUCUUCCACACGGCGCAAUCAGUGCGAGCCAGGAGGAAGGCGUGCAUGGAGAAUGUCCAAAAUUUCAGAUGAUUUCACCCUUCAUGAAGGGAAAUGUGAAUAUGGUACGAUACAAACGUUAGCUGAUUUAAUAUAGCCUACCGCUGCUAUUUAGAACGAACGUGAUGCCGGAUAUCACAAAGUUCCAUUCAAUUACCCUCAAUUCCCAAUGAAUUCCUAAUCAAUUCCCUUGGAGAGUUUAUAAUUUGGAUGAUUUGACUUCCCAUGGAAAUUUACCAGAACCUUUCUGGAUACUGACCGAACAUUUUCCACCCCUUUGCAAUCCUAGUACUGAUUAUUUACAACAACAAAAAAACACUUUUAUAUGAGUUUUUGGGUGAUCUAAACAUCGUCAAAGUGCUUCGACCCGCAUCCAGAUUAUGGGUGUUUUGAUGAUCAAUUUCAGAAGUUUGAUUUUGUAUUUUUUUUUUUUUGUCAUACUUAAACGACGUGAAUAACUUUUUCACUAUUUAAAUUGACCUCAAUAAAGAGCGAGUGAAAACAAA